AUGUCUGUCGAGAGUAUUAAAAGGCUUGUACAAUGCGAAAAUGAAGCCAAGGAAAGGCUGGAGAUAGCACGCAGGGAAUUCGAGGAGAUGAGAGUUCAAGCAAGGAAUGAUGCAAAGCUGAUGGUGGAUGGCCUUAAGAAAGAAAACGAGAGCAAGCUUCUUCUUUUAGAGAAGGAAGUUGAGGAGUAUAUAAAGAUUGUUGAUGAAAAGCUGAAAUCAGAACUUGAGAUGAAAAUCAAGGAGCUUAGAAACAUUAGAAACAGAAAGGAUGUUGUUUUGGCCCUAGUAAAGCAUGUCUCUGGUGUAAACCUGAAAUAA